AUGUUGAUAUUAUCAAGUUUGUCCUAGUCGCACGCUACUGAUCACAUAAUAUAUAAUAUAUUAAAUAAUAUUUUCACAUAAAAACAUUGCAAAAAUGCACUUGACAACACCAUUCAUCGGAUAAAAACACUGAGAACCAAAUUGCCAAGAACGUGUGACAAUACUUAGGGGUAGCCUUAACAGUACCUAUUCUAUACAAAUUUGAGUUGCUGAAAAAUUAAUUAGGUUAUCUCAUUAAAGUAUGAAUUAUUAUGGAAAUGCAAAUUACUUAGUGAGAUCGAGGAAUACUCUAUCAGAAACUAUUAAAUUAGUUGCAACUUGCAGAUUUAAAACAUGUCAAUAUGCUAUAUCAAAUGUUGUCAUUGGCGAUAAUUGGGAUAAAUGUAUCUGAACUAUCAAAGCAAAUCCUUGUUCUUGGAACUAUUCUAUUGUUAUUAAUUACUUGGGGUAUGGCGAUUAUUGGAGCUUCUUUAAGAUCAAGAAAGUUAAUAACUUUUUCAAUUUUUCUCUGGAUCAUCUUCAUUAUUACGUGGCUAGUAUUAUCGUUAUAUUUCAGAAUACUAAAGCACAACACCCACUACUGUGUAGCGGACAAAAAGAGAUGUGCACCAUCAAUGUGGCUUAUCACCGUUGGAAGUUCAAAAGAGGAUGAAGAGGAAGAAGAAGAAGAAGAAGAAGAAGAAGAAGAAGAAGAAGAGGAAGAAGAAGAAAAAAAAGAACUAAGUAAACUAUGGUCUGUUGAGCUUGUUCAUCCGACGAGGCUGCUUGUAACUACGAACCCCGUAGCUGUUACUCUAGCUGCUAAUACUAUUGUGUCAAAUAAUAUGACUAAUAUGAGUAUAAUGAUCGGUGAUAACAACGGAAGUGAACACGAUCGCCAUCAGAGAACUACCACUGAAAGCCCACCAAGCGACUUGAGAACGCGCGCCAUAGAAUAUCGGAAAAAUAUGACGAUAUAUCGUCAAAUCACACUACAGAGCAAAAAGAAAGGGAAAAAAAAGAAAAUAGAUGAGGAAGAGGAAGAAGAAGAAGAAGAAGAAGAAGAAGAAGAAAAAGAAGAAGAAGAAGAAAAAGAAGAAGAAGACGACAAAGCUGACAGUCACACCAUAGACUUGUUAUCUAUGUCAGGUUAUUUGUUGCUGUACUUGUAUGCGUUGUACGUACUCCUUUCCUAUCACAACGAAUUAGAAUUAAUGUCCAUUUGUGAAUGUGAUGAUUAUCUGAGCCCCGGGACUAAGGUGCCAUAACAAAUGGUACAAUGUGCAUUAUACACAAUAUGUCAAUAUAAAAGGUGGCUACAAAAAAAUGAAGACUAGCCUGUUUAAUUUUAAAAUAAUUUUAUUUGAGUGACUUUUAUUAUUUAAGUUUUAAUAUUUUAACAUAAUAAACACUACA